AUGGCGCCCUCUGCUACAGGACCUCAGGGUGGGAUCACUGGAGGGCAAGCGGCCUACAAUGGUGGGAAUGCUGCAGGUGGUGCUGCAGGGCACACAAAUGGUGCGGCUUCGCUCAAUGGGCAGAACGGCAACAAUCACGGACCCGCUGGACUCGUCUAUCCCGCACUACACCUCCACCCCUUGAACGACACAUUUGCACCCAAGCAGAUCAGCCUGUCGCCUCCUAGCGCCACCAACAGGGUCAAGAUCGGAAGGCAAACGAAUAACAAGACCGUGCCGCACCCGACUAACGGCUUCUUUGACAGCAAAGUCCUGAGCCGCACCCAUGCCGAGGUUUGGUCCCAAGAUGGCAAGGUGAGUCGCUACAUUCAGCGAUGCCCCUUCCGCGUCCGCACUCGACACGUAUGGGGCUCACGCAUCCAGAGCCCUUUCGCAGAUCUUUAUCAAGGACGUCGGCUCCUCGAACGGCACUUUUAUCAACAAGCAGCGCUUGUCCGAGGAGAGCAAGGAGUCGUCUAAUUUUGAGCUGCGCAACGAAGACCUGGUAGAAUUUGGUAUCGACAUUGUGGGCGAUGACAAUAAGACGAUCAUUCACCACAAGGUGGAAGCGCGUGUCUACCUCGUAAUCACAGCUGAAGAGGCGUUGGGUAUGCGAAGCGACUUUGCUUCCCUUUAUCGAGGUGGAGGCCACGGAGGAGUGAUGGGAGGUAGUGGUAUGGGACCGGGCGCUGAAGGCGGACUUCGACGAGGCAAGAGCGGCAUGAGCUUCGAACACAUCUUUUCGAAGUUGCAAAGUGAGCUUCAGCGCAGUCGUGAUCACUCCUCAGAGCUAGGCGGGCUUGCGCACGCCAUCACCGAGGUCGGUGAAACGAUGCAAGGCGGUAUGGUGAGUUCGCAUGUUGUCUGUUCGUAUGAGCGGCACUUCAAAUGCUGAAAAUCCAAAUUGGCCUCAUGAUGCUCUACAGCCACCGAUGCAGAACCCUCCUUACCAGCACAUGGUACCAGCACAUCCUUCAGACUCUAGCGCACCUUCGACAAGCGUGGCUGCAUUGCAAGAGCAGCUUGCAAGCACUCAGGCCAGUCUUGCCGAACACGUCGAAAAGAUCCGCAACCUAGAGAGUGUGCUGGCCGAGCACGAGUCCAUCAAGCAAGAAGUGGACAGCAUGAAAGCGCAAAUCCAAGAAGUUGCAGCAGGCAGAGGCAGCUCAGUGAGCGGCGAGAGUCUUGCUGGAGACUUCGAUGAUGGCGCAAGCAUCGCCAGCAUGGACACCGUCACUGGGGGUACCACAGGUCGAAGAUCACCCCGUUCAAUGCUUGCUCAGACUCGAGCUGCGCCAUCAUCUGCUGGUGCGGGUGGAGAAGAGGCGCUGCAUGACCUGGACGCCUCAUCUAGCAGCCAUGAGGAUGAGCACGAAGGGCCACGCGCGCCUCCUGAUGAACCCCCGCACACAACUACGGCCGCAUUGAUGUUACAAAAUCAGGCCCUUUCUGGUAGGCUCGAGGCGCUAGAGGGCCAACUCGAAGAGGCGCUGACGCUUGGACGAGGACUUCAAGCUCAGCACGCGUCAGCCAGCGAGGCUGUCCGCACGCUGGAAGGGCGCAUGGUCACGCUCGAGAAGGAGGUUGUCGAAAGCGAGAAGCGUGCUCAAGGUGCGGCUGUAAGCGCCCUCGAAGGGCGUUGGGCGGAAUGGCGCGCAACGCUCGAAGCUGCUUGGACCAAAGAGAGGCAAGGAUGGGCAGACGAAAGGGAGCAGAUGCGAAGAGUGGUGCAGGCUUGGGAUCAAGCUAACGCUAGCCUGGAAUCGGAGGCCCAGAUAGCCAGCACAUCAAGCGUGAGACGUUCGCCUUCAGCCUCCACCUCAUCGCGAGGCAGCUCACCUCGCUCAAAGAACGCCAAGCGAGGAGCUGGUAAGCGGCACGUGAACCCCGUUUUGAGGUCACUGUUGUACACACAGUCACAUCUAGAAGAAGGCUCGACGGACGACGAUGACGACGAUGCAGAGAGUCGAGGUGUGGCAGACGGCCAAUCCGAGGCUACUCGAUCCGUGGGCUCCAGUGCCAGCGGCGAGUCCGCGGAGCCUACGAGCACUGCUGCUACCAGCCCAGCUGGAUCUGUCGCUGGCAAAUCGCAUUCUUCUCGGGCUGGAGCGGGUGCCAGCUCGAGUGCGGGUCUCAAAUCAAAUCCCUUCCUGGCGAUGCUGUCUAAAAAUGGAUCCGUCGAGGUGAGUGCGCGCUUCCAAAACGAUUUGCACGCGUCCGCACGCCCGUUGACUCAUCACUGUGCUCUCUCGAUUCUUCUGCAGCCUGUGCCGGCGGCAAUGGCUGCCGCAAGCCUGUUCGCCGUGGGCAUAGCUUGGUACGCAUACUCGGGCAAAAGUGGGACACCGACACGAUUGACGUGA